UCAGUUCCUACACACAAAAAAAACACUCCCUCUGCGUCCCUUUUGGUGGACUGGAGGCAAGAAGAGGACCCGACACGAGUUACAAAGAAAUUGUUUAAGUUAUUCUCCCUUUUAUACACUUUGUUUUCAUUUGAGCGAACCCACAGCAACUCCCAGAAAGGACUCGGCAAUGUUUGCUUGUUCUCUCUGUGUGAGCAACUCUCAGCGUCAGGGGUGGACGUGAUAUUUCAAACAGCACAUCAGUGCGUUUAUGUAUUGGGUGCCCGGAAAUUUUUCCAAAUAAACACAGCUUGAUUCAACUUGGGUGGGCAGACUUAUCAAGCGACUAAUUCUAUAAACAGAUGAGGGAAUAACCCGGCACUUCAUUGGUUGUUGGGCAGAGGGGGGGACAUGAGGGAGUUUCAGUGCAAUGAAAUUUUAAUUAAUGUGGGUGGGCUGAGAACACCACCGACUGUUUAUGAUGGACAAUUUAUUUCCCAGUGCAAAGUCAACAUAACACAGCAAACGUACAACAAUUAUUAACAUUUUCUGGGGCCCUCAUGAGGCUGGAGAGUCAGUCAGUGGAGGAGAGGAGCUCCGGGAGCAGGCUCAGCUUUCCCCGGGACACACGUCAUGACUCUCUACCACGGCCGCCUGCCGUCGCUCGGAGUGCCAUCCUCGGCCCUGAGCCUCUCCGCUCCCCCGCUGAUCUACUUGUACGGAGGGGACAGGGGAGGGGUCGUGCCCGCUGCCUUGAGCUUCGUGCCGGCCCGCCAGGAGCCUCCGCAGAAGCCGCCCUACAGCUACAUCGCACUCAUCGCCAUGGCCAUCAAGAGCGCCCCGGAACAGCGCGCAACACUCAGCGGCAUCUACCAGUUCAUCAUGGACCGGUUCCCCUUUUAUCACGACAACAAGCAGGGCUGGCAGAACUCCAUCCGCCACAACCUCUCCCUGAACGACUGCUUCAUUAAGGUGCCCAGAGAGAAGGGCCGGCCCGGCAAAGGCAGCUUCUGGACGCUGGACACCAAGUGCCUAGAUAUGUUUGAGAACGGCAACUACCGUCGGAGAAAGAGGAAGGCGAAGAGCCAGCAGGAAGCUCUGGACCCCAAAGCCGCUGGACACAAGCGCACCAAGGGUCCGGGGCCAUCCAGGGCCCCUCAAUCCUCUUUGAGACAUCAGACUGGCUCGGGGAUAACAGAGGUACCAGCGAGGCAGGAUGCGGAGAGGAUGGAGACGCAACCAGACACAAAAGCUGUUCUUGUCGAAUUUAACCACGCUGAACAGCCGCAAUAUCCCCCCAUACAGAGACUUAAAGUGCCCCCCAACCAAGACACCCCCGUGUCCAACGGGAGGAGGCUUGACGCCCCCCAGCCAGAGCCAUGUCCCACUCUGAGACACGCUCCGUUGUGGAUGGACGGUGCGAAUUUCCCAGGCGCGUCCCUCCGCCGGGAGUCAGAGGAGAGAAGGUCAGCGUUCAGCGGAAGAGAAAGAGAGAGAGGUCCGCUCUGCGCCGUCAGCUGCGCAGGAAACACAAAGCUGGCUGCACUUGCACAGGACAGGCCGAAAGGAAAUGUUCUGGGCAGGGAUAAAUCAAAAUGUUUUACCAUUGAGAGUAUCUUAUCGAAAAGUGAAGACGAAAUGCGCAACAGCAUCCUCGGUUCGUCAGCGGAGACAUGUGCAGAGCGCCAAAGUCCCGCUCUCAGUUCGUCUGUGGUCCUCGGUGCUCGACCGCAUCAGUUGUACCAGAUGGGAUUCCCCUUUUGCUCUUACCUGUCACUCGCCUACCCCGACAAAGUACUGCAUUUUAAAUGAGUACAAUUAUUUUUGACUUUAAUGGAUUUUACGCACGGAUGCGUAAAGGUGUAACGUCUGUAAUUAGCUUUGCAUGAUGGGUUACUAAUGAGACAGCAUACUGUUGUGUUCUUUUCAGGAUCUAUGCCAUCUGCAUAAUCUACAGCAAUUUUCAGACAGUGAGAAACAGCAGGGAGGCUUUCAGAUAUAUUUUUACGCAUGCAUAAUUGUCAGGUUUGUGGAUAUUUUCACCAAUUUUUCCAAGACUGUUGCUCCUCAAAGUCUAUGGCUGCGCAUUGUAAUGCUUAAUGCAACAAGAAGGUAAAAGUAUAUAAUGAUGUCGUCAUUGUCAUGUGAAUAUUUAUGGAAAGCUCAUAUAUACAGUAUUUCUCUCUUCGUUCAAACCCUUAGAGUAUAUAUGUUUGCGUAAUUCAACGAAGAAUCUUGACUGUCAUGGCUGGGCCUGUGUAGCCUACACAGUAUCUCUGGAGAUACAGUACAAUAUGAAAAUACAGUUUAGUACUCAAUAAUGUAAUCAAAUUCUAUUUUACAUUGAACUCCGCCCUGAAUUUUAUAUGCAAAAUAAAGUUUAGAUGGGUAGUACAAUGACAGCAUGAUUUAUUUAAAAUUGUGAGUAAAAACAGAAAUACUGUUGGAAGACAGGGGGCUGUUGCUGUUUGAAUGAAAUGUCACCUAAAGUUGUUCCUUUUUGUGAUCAAAAGUGCUUUUUGAAAAGAGACAGAUAACACGUAUAUUUGAGUAUUUUUCUUUUCAGAUCUGAAGCUUAUGAUGUUCAUUGAGGAUUGCCAGGCCUCAGCUGUAGAGGACUGAGCGAUUUGAGUUGUGUUGUCGUACAUCAUAGAUUUAGUGAAAAAACAUUAUUUAUCCAAAGCGACUGGAUACAGAUAUCAGGAUGCUGAGAUUAUUUUCUUGGCAGAAGCAGUAUCAACUUCAGAUUGAUAAUAAGAAUCGCCAUUAAGGGACCAAAGACAAGGAUUACAGACAAUUUCAAUAUCAGUUAACAUUUAAUUAACAUGACUCCAAAAACUGACGACCCCUGAUCACUCCAAAAGCACAUGGACUCAAAGUUCUGACUCAUGAGAAAUCCACUGUGAAGGAGAAUUACUCUGCAGUCUAGUCUAAAGUGCCACUGACUGAAGAGUUUGAUCCUGAGCCCAUUCUUUAAUGUGUCAACCACUUCUGAAGAGGUCACAUGAUGAUUUCUGGAAUGGAAAAAAAAAUGUUUCUGCUUUGUUUUCACACUAAUUUUUCACCCUCUUGCAGUUUUCAGUGUCUUGGCUUCCUUUGGCAGUUACACAGACGACUUAGUCUGGUACAGGAAAAUCGUUCUUGAGUAGAGCUGUUCAUGAAUUUCCAUUUUUUCAAAUUUAUAUUGAAAUUAUUGACAGCUGAUUUUGUGACAACAUACAGUAAUCAGUGUUUUCCCCCAAAAUUUGUCUCUUUUUGUGUUGGAAAAGCCUCUGAAAAUUAGAGACGUCACUGUAUAUAAAUCCUCAUAGUACAAUUAGUGCUACUAAUGGUGAUACUUAUAAUGAUGAAAAUUAUAAUAUUGAUUAAAAAUUGAUACAUACUGGCAAUACUAACCCUGGAUCAUGUUGAGAGUAGCAACAUUCUUUGAAAUAAGAGCACAGGUAAAGUCCAGGUAAAAAAAAUCCACAUUUUAGCUUUUCUAAGCGUUCAGUCACAUCUUAUGGUCUUCCUCAGCAGAUGGAAUUUGCUCGGUUGUCGUGCAUUGCAUUUCAUUACUGAGCAAACUCCAGCCGCUGAGGUAGACUGCGAGAUGCAGUUCUCUUUUUUGUCAAACUGCUGUUUCCAAGGUCAAGAAUGAACUUUCACGCACAAAAUCAGUAAAGUCAGAAGAAGCCCUAGCACUUCGGUCCUCGGACUAAAUGCUACGGACCACGGAUCAUAAAACACCCUAUAGUAAAAAAGUUUAAAUGACAAGUGAGAGAGUCACUAUAAAUGACUUUCCCACUAUGUGGUCUUCUUUUUUUAAUCCUAUAUUAGUAUCUGGGAAGGCCUGAUGGCAUUGAAAGUCCUAAAUGAUCCUUUCUGAGCUUCAGCGUGCUGUAGAAUGACACCUGCAUGAAAUCAAAGAGCUUUGCUGACAGCAUCAUUACAAACAGAGAGCAGCCAUGUCUAAAUAUAGGCCUAUAGCUUAGACACACGCUCGUCUGAAAAAGCUCGACUGUGCGAGGCCAGCGCUGUGCAAAUCAGGAAUGUUUGUUGAAAUAAAUAAACUUCCCCACAUUAGAGGAAAGGAACUAACAAUCACAAGUAUUUCCUGUGUAUAGGAUUCUUUUGGUCAGACGUGUAAAUAAAACAUGAUGAAAACCUCAGAAGGGAAAGAAUGGAGGAGAGGGUGAGGGAAGAGAGGAAAGAAAAGAAGUGAGAAAUAUCGGUUUAACUGAACACUUGGCACUCUGUCUCUGUGGGAUUUGGGCGCAUUUCAUAUUAACACAUGAGCCAGUGUAAUUGGCUCCACUGGCUCUUCAUCCUCCAGUGAUCUCCAAAGUCUUCUAAAAGCAAAGCAAAUUAAUAAAUGUUAGUUAUCUGA